AUGUCGGGAAUAUUAGAUAAGGUGAAAGACAUGAUUGGAGGGGAUAGCGAUGAGGAGAGCAAGGGGAAAAAGUAUAACCAUCACAAAGAUGAUGAAGACGAAGAUGAAGGCAUAAUCGAUCAGAUCAAGGACAUAAUCAUCGGCGAUAAAGACGGCGACAAGCAGCAUCAAAGAAAAAUCAAAGAAGAUAGACACCAUAAGAAAGAUAUAGACGAUAAACAUCACAAGAAAAGUGAUCCUAAGCAGAAAGAAGAAGGGCUAAUGGGUAUGCCCAAAGAUAAAUUCCAUGGUGAUGAUGAGGAUCGUGAUCGUAAACAUAAAAACGAUGAUAAACAACAUAAGAAAGAUGAUCAUAAGCACAAGGAAGAAGGGAUAAUGGGUAUGUCAAAAAACAAAUUUCACGGUGACGAUGAUGAUGAUCGUGAUCGUAAAGAUAAAGGCGGCGAUAAACAUCAAAUGAAAGAUAAAUACAAUAAAUAUCACAAGAAAGACAAAGAGGAUAAGCACAACAAAAAAGCUGAUCAGAAAUACAAGGAAGAAGGUUUAAUAGGUAUGAUCAAAGACAAAUCCUACAAUGACAAUGCUAAUCAUGACCAUUGUGAUAGUAGUCGUAGUUGUGACAACAAUCGAGAUCGUGAUCCCGAUCCCGAUAAUAGUCAUGGUUAUUGUGAUAGUGGUAGUGAUCUUGAUAGUAACCAUGGUAGCGAUGGAGAGAGGAAGAAAAAAAAGAAGGGAAAGAAGUAUAAAGAUGACCAUAGAAGUGGCAGUGACAGUGAUCGUGAUCAUUAG